AUGAAGAACUUGAUGCCGAUUAUAUUUCUGAUACUGAGAACUUAGAUGAUCUUUUACAAUUUGAUAAUGAGAAUUUGAAUAUUAAAGAAAUGUUAGAUUUAAAUGUAUUUUUGGAUGAAAAAACAACUGAAAAAACUAAUAAUAAUUUAGAAUUGGAAGAUGAUGAAUACGAUUAUGAUAUUGAAGAAGUUAUUAAUGCUUCUACAA